AUGCAUCUUGAGAGAGCGACCCGUCAAGUCAAGUACAACAAGUCACGCCGAGAACCGAUCUGUACGGGACCAAAGCUGGAGGAAGGUGAAGAUCGGCUUGUUGACUAUCAAGGAGAGUCCGAAUUCUGCGAUCUCCCUCAGUGGGGUUCUGCACUCCCUGUUCUCGUGUCGGUUGUACCUUCAGAACGCCCCAUGGAGGAAGACAAUGCCACCGAAAUCGACGAAGAUGAGUACGUCGAGGCGCCUGAGAACCCGUCACCAGCUCCUCAAAACACCUGA